AUGGAACAGCUAAUCCUAGAAAUCAUUUCCAGGCACACGAAGGAUAAGAAAGUCAUCAAGAGUAGUCAGUGUGGCUUCACCAAGGGGAAGUCAUGCUUGACCAACUUGAUAAACUUCAUGACAGGCCUGCUAGAUGAAAGAAGAGCCAUGGAUAGUGUCUAUGUGGACUUCGUUAAGGCCUUUGACAUCGUGCCCAAUAAGAGUUUUGUAGCCCCUCAAGCCAUUGCUGUAGGGGCUGGGCGAGCAGACAGUGAGAAAGCCAUUUCAUCUCCAACUGUGUCACGCCUUACAGAUACAUCAAAAUUCACAGGUUCUCACAAAGAGAGGUUUGAUCCCAGUGGGAAAGGAAAAGGCAAAGCUGGCCGAGAAGAUCUGGUGGAUUCUUCGGGAUAUGUAUCUGGCUAUAAGCAUGCAGGCACAUACGAUCAUAAAGUACAAGGAAGCAA